AAUUGUCGAUUCUUGGCUGUAAUGUGUCACGUGAGUCUGUGAAUGAUGCGAAAAAAGUUUUUGCAAAAGUUCUUCCCAGCCUUCAUUUGUCAAAGGAUCCUCUUGUUGGCAACCUUCCAAUCACCCAAGUUGAAGAGUAUUUGAGGGACUAUCUCUUCAGAUUCUCUGUGUUGGUGGUGGACGGUUAUACCGUGAGGGAUGGUUGUGAUGAUCAAAGAUCAAAGGAAUUACAGCGACUUGUAAGAAUUGCAGUGGAUAAAGUCGGUAAGUCUUCAAAUUGAACUGAUAAGUUACUCUCAUAAAAAUCCUUCAUACCACGUUUUUUUCUCAUUACCAUACUUUUAACCCCUUGAAUUAUUUCGUUGUCAAUAAUUUAGUUCCUUUUCGGUGCAUUUAAUCAAAAACAUUCUCUUCGUCUGACAAAAAGACAAUCUUACCGCUGAAUGCUUGAGUUGAUAAAUCAUUUUCUUGGAGAGCGGGUAGGAAAGGGAUGAUCAUCCUACUGCAGUUUUAUGUAGUUUACAAAAAGUGCAUAGUGAUUACAUCCGAUCGUGAGCGGCUCCUCCUCUGAAUUUUGUACUGAGAUUAUUUUUUCGUAAAGGUAGAUCACCUUUUUGCAUUCACUGAACUGCUGUAAACACAGGCAUAGUAACAAAUAUUUGAGGUAGCUCUAAGCCCCCUUUAGACCAUGGAACCUGAAUCGGCCAUGGUUCUUCGAAACACGAGUAAUACUAAUGCUUUGUUAGCUGUUUAUAGACUUUCUGUCACUACGUUAGUUUUCAACUAAUACAGCGACAGAAAGGGUACUGGUACUGAUAGUGUUCGAACAACUCCGCUCAAUUCUUGAAGCAAAAUCCUUAUGAUUGUAAUUGAAUUACGGCUCAAUCGGUGUAAAGAGAUGAACACAGCAGUCUCAACUUGAGAUUUUUUCUGUUUUCUUUUCACAGUUGAAAAAGUCAUUAUCUUGGUUUGCAAUGGGCAAUCAACAACAAAUACAUACAAUGAGUUUAUUGGGCAAAUCAAUAAACUAGAGAAAACGUUCGUUGCGCAGGUAAACAAUGAAAAGCUGGCUAUGGAUCCAGAUAUUUUUUGCAGCCAAGUUUUGAAUCUUCCAAUGACAUGUUCUACGCCAAAUACACAGUUUAUCUCUCAAGAACAAGAUGUAAACGCUUACUCGUUGUCCACAUAUUCAUACAACUUAAGCGAAAACUAUCUUCAAAGGAAUUCCUCAGAAAGGAAAAGUAUUGAUGAGAUGAGUGCUCAAAAUAGUCAGCAGCUGGUCCUGGGGACACAGUUCUCAGAAGGAACCCCUCCUGUCGUUGUCCUAAGAAGUUUCGUUCGUCACGGAGAGAUAUCUUAUCGGCAAGAGGACCUUCAAAUAUGGGACCCUGAAUUUCAAGUUCCUAGUGACAUCCAAGAGAGGCUGUUUCACAGUUUCCGGAACAAACCUCUUGUUCGAAUAAGAGUCAUUAAGCUCAGUAAUGGGUCAACUGAGUGUUACGUUGAUCGCAAUUUGAAACAAUUUACGUUGGAUGAGGAAAUACAGCUUGAUACUGGAAAAAAGCUUUUAUUAAAAACUCGUGUUCGCAACGGAAAGGUAUCGUUUGAAGACAACGAUGUAAAGUAUAAAUAUAGAAAUAACUGUAUCCCUGAAUACAUUAUCGAUGAUCUACAAAUGAGGAAGGCUGAUGGUGACUUGUACAUCAGUUUACAUGACUCAGACAAAUUUGAAGCUAUUAUAAAAGAAAGUGGAAAAAUAGAGCAAGCUGCUAAUGCUGCUGCUAAAGCUGCUGCUAAUGCUAUCAAACAAACAACGGAAAAAGCGCUAGAAAAAACAAAAAAAGCGUUUGGAUUUAGUUCUCUGGGGCGUAAUUCAAAGGACUGAGAAAAAUGUCAAAUGACUGCUUCUGAAUGUGUAACAGCCAGUCCACUGUCGAUAUUCACAAGAAAUGAUCGUAGCUAUCAGAAAAAAAUCUAAUUUGAAAAAAUUCUGUGCUGUUUAUAAAUGUAUGUGUAAUAUUUCAUAAAUAAGUUUAUGUGUUUACAUAUGUUUACAGAGUUUGCAUGAUUCCAUUUGCAAGGAACAGAAGAUUUGUGAUUUUAUGUACUAUAGACUGUCCAAGUAACGGUUGCACCUUUUUUUUGAAGAUCAAGUUUCAUUAAAGUUAUUUUAGAAUAGGUUUAUAAUUACUCUUUAAAUAAAUAAAUGUAGGUUCGUAAAUUCGUCCGAGUGGAUACAUCUUCGACAGCGAUAAGGGUGAGUUUAUGAAACUGACCUACUCCUAGUAUCUCAGUAAUCACUAAUAACGUACGGAUGAACUGAAAAUAAACUUUGGAGGAAUCAUUUUUUAUCGACAAGAAAUCGCAUAGUCUUCAACAGACAUUAAACUGGGCCAUCAAAAUCAGUUUUCGGGAAUACUAUGGCAUAAAUUACAACGAAUCCAGGAUGU